GUUUCUCGUCAACUUCAGAUAUCUAAUAUAUUUUAGAAAGCAAUUAAUUUCUCCAUAAAAUGCAAUCAGUAAAUACAGUACUCCUAAAGUAUAUCUGUACAUAAUCGAGUUGAAUUGAGUUCAUACAGGUGCAUCCAUAAAGCAUUCCCAGAAGUACAUUUACUUUCUGAAAGCAUUUUAUUUAAACAAAACUACGUGACUAAGAGGGAACCUUAUUGGCCACUCCAUUUCUGGUCAAACGUUUAUUCUAUAUUCGACUUAGAAUGGGUCGAAAUAUGUAAACAUUUGACAAAUUAUUAUAAGAUUGACAACAAAACUUCCUUCGGUCGGAUAAUCUAAAUAUUACAGUCUUUAACCAGAGAGUUCGAAAACGAUUCCUAGUGAUUAUUUCGUUAAUGUGGCAUAAACAACGUAGCUGUUUUUCUAUAGUCGUGUAUAGUUUCAGGAUACGUAUUUUUAUGAUUGACAUUCUUUGAGCGUCGCAUUAAUAAUUGUCCAAGUGCAAAGAAAUGGUUGAAAAGUUUCACGAUGAAAACGACAUCGGAUGGGUAGGCAUUUCCACGAUUGGAAAUAUCGGAUAAAAUAUAUUUCACGAAUGGUACGCUAAUCGUCUACUUAUGGUCUAUUCACGCUGAAAUUAUGAGUGUUGAUAGCGAAAACAAAUCAAACGAAGCUAUUGCUCCAUUUCCGCCAUCAACAAAUCAGGAAAGCGCCGAUAAUGGCAAUAUCGAAGGAAAUCCUAUAACCCCUGAAAUAGUGUUACGCUUACCUACGAUUACCGAUAAAUAUUUGUGUUCUCCAGAGGCAAACAUUUACGACAUUGAUUUUACAAGAUUUCAAAUCAGAGAUUUAGAUACGGGAGCGAUAUUGUUCGAAAUAACUAAACCACCAGCUGUUGAAUGCGACACCAGUCAAGAGGUAGAACCGGAAUGCGAAGAAUCCGGUUGCGAGGACGCGAAUACUGGCAGAUUCGUACGUUAUCAAUUUACUCCUCAAUUUCUUAAGCUAAAGACUGUCGGUGCUACGGUCGAGUUUCUCGUGGGUUCCAAACCAGUGAAUAACUUUCGAAUGAUCGAACGUCACUUCUUUCGGGAUAGGUUGUUAAAAACCUUUGACUUUCAAUUUGGAUUUUGUAUACCGAACAGCAAGAAUACCUGUGAACACAUUUACGAGUUUCCUACUCUGCCUAGCGAUUUGGUUUCUGAAAUGAUUGCAAAUCCAUUCGAAACACGCUCGGAUUCGUUUUAUUUUGUGGACAAUCAAUUGGUAAUGCACAAUAAAGCAGAUUAUGCAUACAAUGGUGGACAUACACACGAUGUACUUUAGUAUGCGGUUUGUUGAAUUAUACGAACAAAAGUUUAGCAAUGAAUUUGCACUUUGCAAAAAUGAUUGUGAUAAUAUUAGCACGCAUUUAACUAAUUUUAAAUUAUAAUUUUAUUUAUCUCUUGCACAAAAUUGCAACUCAAAUUUUUACAUAAAUACAAAAUUUACAUAAAAUGUAGUUCUUUAAAUUCUUUCGAUCGAACUUACAUAUUUUAACGAACACAUUUUGCGUUGAAAUUAUCGUUCAUCGAGCAUAUUACAUAUUUCGAUAAUUUAAAAAUCUUAUUCAAAUUUUUGUUUCUAAAUAGUCGUUCUAUAUUAAAGCAUGGCCUUACGUGGAACUAUUUUCCAAUUUUGAUAAAAUGUUUUCCUAGCUGAAAAUAACGUUGAAUAUGUACUUUUUAUGGAAACAUAACAAAUAAGAAACUAAAGAAAUGUUAAGCAUUAUAAGUUCUUACCUGAUGCAGAAUUCACAAUUUAUUCACAAUGUACAAUUAUAUUUUAAUUUGCUAUUCUCCACUUCUUUUAUCCUGUAAUGUUAUAAAUUUCACAUAAAUACAUAUAUAUGUUUACAAAAUA